AUGACCAAAGCUUUCCCAGAAAGUCUUCAAGUCGAUUUGUGUGCGCAAAUAAACGCUGAUAUUCAUGGAGAUCUCUUGAACGAAAAUGAAAAAGAAAUCAUUGCCUAUUUCUUGGAAGCAAAAAUAAAUGGCUAUCAAGUAGAUGCUUUCAAGGGAGAGUUCGAUAAUGGACAACGGGUUGAUAUUGUUGGACUCAAAGGUCCACAGAAGUUCAUUGUUGGCUCCGGAGUGUUGUCAGUGAGAAUCACAAGGAUUUCCGAGAACGCAACCAGUUAUCAUCAGUUGUUCACAACGGACGCAAACGUGACCGUCAUCUCCGAUAUCUCCGACCAAGAAAAUUAUGGCGCAAACCAUCCAUUUCCAAAGGCUGACUCCAAAAAAUACAUUCUCUAUCAAGCAGCUCCUUCAAUCGACGGCAACAACGGGAUGGAGUUGCUCUUUGAUGGAGAUUGCGAGCAUUUGUCCAUUUGGAAGGGAUUAGUUCAAAGUGAUUCCACUGAACUUUACGGGGGCACAGCGAACACAAUAUGUGGUGAGACAUAUGCUCGUGACGUGUUGCCGAGAUUCGUCUUCACGCAAUAUCUCACUGUGCAAACGCGAAGACCCAACAAUUGCACAAUCUAUUGGCUUCCCAAACAAUACGUUGCCGACAAUGAGUUGAUUGCAAUGUAUCCAGCUACAACGGGUGUUCUCACUUCACCCGAAUUCAAUGGGCCAUUAGAUCAGGACUAUUUGCUUGUCUAUAACUUUCAGAGAGAAAAUGGAGUGAAAAUGAUUUACUUCACGCUUUUCACGCCGAUCGUUGGUGAUUCAGAGUUGAUAUUCUAUGAGUACGAUAGCUCAAAAACAACUAAAUUCACAGAAAACGAUCAACGAUGUCAUUUUGAAAGCAAUGAGUCAAGCGUGCAGAUAAUUUAUAAAUGGUAUUGUAAAGAGUUACCCUGCGAGAGUGGGAUCGUUGUAAAG